CUUGGUUUUGGUUGCAAUGUGGAAAAUCAACAGAAGCAACAGCAGCAGUAGCAGCAGCAGCAGCAACAACAGCAGCAGCAGCACCAGCAGCAAUAUCAACAGAGGCAUCGACUGCGACGCCAACAGCGACACAUUUCCAACUGUUUUGACGUCGUCAAGUUCCAAUGGCGCCUUGCAGCCAUCCACAUCCAAAUCUACAUCCACAUCCAGCUCCAGCUCCUUGCCGUUGCAUGUGCAGCACCAACAGCAGCAGCAACAACAACAGCAGCAACAUCAACAGCAGCAGCAGCAGCAGCACCAGCACCAGCAACGAAUGCGACAACGAUGA